AUGGAUUUUCAGUCUGCUUUAACGAAGACACAAAAUGUAAAGCUGCUUAAAAGAAUGGAACAGAGCGUUUCAAGUUUAGGAAAUGCUUUAGCUGCUAUUUCUAUGGGAAAUGAACCACAGCCAGCUAUUUUUGAUACGGCGUGGAGGCUAUUUAUAAGUGAUGAAAAAGAGAAUAGUAGUCCACACUAUAUACCCCUUAAAGGAAUGGCAUAUCUUAUAGGGCACUUUUUAGUAUUAAGUGCAAUACUCUAUGUAAUUUCAUUAUGUGUAAUUACAAUGUAUAUGUUUUUAGCAAGGUUUAUAGAUCUAUUAAUAGAAAUAGCUCCCAUUGAUCACAUAAUUGUUCAUAUAGCAUUACUUAUAUACUCUAUAUCCAUAGUUUGUGGCAUUAUUAUAGGAAUAUAUAUUACUUUUACCAAUCAGAGAAAUUUAGUUAUUUUACUUUGGAAGACAUCCAGAUGGCCAGUUAUUAGUAUUUCAAUUGCAUACAUUUUACAGUUAAUUGUAGCAUCUUUUGCUAUACUAUAUAGUCUAAGCACACAUUUGUUCAUAUAUAAAAUGCUAUAUCGCUCUACCCGAUUUAUAUGUAAUAUUAUAGGAGCUCUUUUAUUUUCUAUUAUAUACUAUAUUAUAUACGUAGAGCUACACCAUAUUAUAAAAAAGGCUGGAUAUAACAUAUCAGGAAUUGAAAUACUUAUGCAAUAUACCAUUAUUCUAUUACUAGGAGCCAAUGGCAGUUUUUUUAUACUUUCUACAUGUUUAUAUAGCUAUAAAUUAGUUUAGUCACUUUUGUAUUAAUAGAAUGUCUUUAAUUGACAUAAUUUAGAUUUAGUGUUAUUCUAUUAUAAAUUAGAUGCUGUAGAUUAAUAACCAAUGUGUAUUAAAAUUCAAUAUUUUCUUUCGUAUAUGAUAUGCCCCUGUAUACCGUGA